GGGGCGUGUCUUUAAGUGGGGGAAGCUUCUCGAAAGUCGUGGAACUUUUCCACUAUUGCAAUGCCAGCAGCAGCAACAGCGGAGACGACGCAGCAUCAAACCGGCGCAGACUUCAACACAUGCAGACCAAGACUUCAUUCUGAAUCAGCAAACAUGUCCAGCAAAAUGCACAUCAACAGUCCUAAUGUGAAGUACACAGAAACAUACAUCGAGGCGCAGUAUUCCUACCAGACCACAAAUGUGCAUAAAGACGGGGACACGAUCACGGUGACCCCUCGCUCCACUGAGAUGACCCUGCGCACGGACCACGCUGUGCCCAGGCUGGGGGUGAUGAUGGUGGGCUGGGGAGGCAACAACGGCACCACGGUCACAGCAGCCGUACUUGCCAACAAGAUGAACCUCACCUGGAACACCAAGUCUGGAGUGAAGAGAGCAAACUACUAUGGAUCCUUCCUGCAGGCGUCGACCGUGUGUAUUGGUUCUGGGCCCGAGGGCGAGGUCAGCGUACCCUUCUGUCACCUUCUACCCAUGGUGCACCCCAAUGACAUCGUCUUUGAUGGCUGGGAUAUUUCCUCACUGGAUCUCGGGAGGGCUAUGGAGCGAGCUCAAGUCUUGGACUUGCCGCUACAAGAGAAGCUACUACCAUAUAUGGGCAACAUGAAGCCCAGGCCGUCCAUCUAUAUCCCAGAUUUCAUUGCCGCCAACCAAGGGAGCCGAGCUGACAACGUGCUGACAGGGACCAUAGCGCAGCAGAUGGAGCAGAUCAGAGAGGACAUCCGGGACUUCCGCCAGUCCAGCGGCGUGGACAAAAUCAUCGUCAUGUGGACCGCCACCACCGAGCGCUUCUGCGACGUCGUGCCCGGGGUCAACGACACGGCCAAAAACCUUCUGGCCGCCAUCCAGGCCGGCUUAGAGGUGUCUCCCUCCACUCUUUUUGCGGUGGCCAGCGUACUGGAAGGAUGCGCCUUCAUCAACGGCUCCCCCCAGAACACCUUUGUGCCGGGGGCCGUAGAACUGGCCGUGCAGAAGGGCGUCUUCAUCGGAGGGGACGACUUCAAGUCCGGCCAGACGAAGAUCAAGUCGGUGUUGGUGGACUUCCUGGUCAGCUCGGGCAUCAAGCCCACCUCCAUCGUCAGCUACAAUCACCUUGGAAACAACGACGGCAAGAACCUGUCCUCCCCGCAGCAGUUCCGCUCUAAAGAGAUCACCAAGAGCAACGUGGUGGACGACAUGGUGCGCUCCAAUCACGUCCUGUACCGAGAAGGCGAGAAGCCCGACCACUGUGUGGUGAUUAAGUACGUUCCUUACGUGGGAGACAGCAAGCGAGCCAUGGAUGAAUACACCUCUGAAAUCAUGAUGGGAGGACUCAACACCCUCGUACUGCACAACACCUGCGAGGACUCUCUUCUCGCCAGUCCGAUCAUACUGGACCUGGUCAUCCUGACCGAGCUUUGCCAGCGUAUAACCAUCCGACCCGAGGGAGACGAUGACUUCCAGUCCUUCCACAGCGUCCUGGCGCUUCUCUCCUUCCUCUGCAAGGCCCCACUUGUCCCGGCCGGGACUCCAGUCAUCAACGCCUUCUUCCGGCAGAGAUCGUCUAUAGAAAACAUCAUGAGAGCGUGCCUUGGUCUCCCACCUCAGAGUCACAUGCUGCUGGAGGAAAAGCUGCAGAGGCACUUCUUGUCCCCGCACUGCGUCAACGGCAACGUUGCCUCUUUGAAAAAGAAGGCCCCGCUUUUUACUAACGGUAACAAAAAAGAGGCUACCAACGGCAUCUAUGCCAAUGGAAACAGCGCCGAGUACCUAAAAUAAAUAAUGUAACAAGACGGUGAACCUUACAAAUAACAACCAUGACCAGACUGAUCUCCUUUGCAGACAGUUAAUUCCCAAAUGUUAGGUUUUAAUCCAUCUAACCCACAAACUUUAAUAAAAGUCCUCAUUGAAGCAAA